AUUCACACUGCUUCUACAAACAUUUGUGAAAGAAUGGUAAUAGGUUGCCAUUAGUGAAAUUUCCUGGCUACUAAAUAUUCCAUGGUCAACUGUUAGUGGUAUUAUAUCAAAGUGGAAGCAACUGGGAACAACAGCAACUCAGCCACAAAGUGGUAGGCCACGUAAAAUUACAGAGCGGGGUCAGUGCAUGCUGAAGCACACAGUGCACAGAAGUCGCCAACUAUCUGCAGAAUCAAUAGCUAAAAACCUCCAAACUUCGUGUGGCCUUCAGAUUAGCACAACCGUGUGUAGAGCUUCAUGGAAUGGGUUUCCAUGGCCGAGCAGCUGCUUCCAAGCCUUACAUCACCUUACAUCAAGUGCAAUGCAAAGCAUCGGAUGCAGUGGUGUAAAGCACACUGCCACUGGACUCUGGAGUGAUGAAUCACGCUUCUGGCUGGCAAUCCGAUGAACAUGUCUGGGUUUGGCAGUUGCCAGGGAAACG